AUGUUACCUCAUUUGCUAUUCUUUCUUAUCUACCUGCCAUUCUGCUAUUAUCUUCUUUAUUACCUUGUCUCCAUUGCUCUUAUUAAAUUGCCUUUCUUGUCAUUUUUAUCUGCCUGCCUUUCUUAUCAUUCCAUCUGCCUUUCUUUCUUAUCUGCCUGCCUUUCUUAUCAUUCCAUCUGCCUUUCUUUCUUAUCUGCCUGCCUUUCUUAUCAUUCCAUCUGCCUUUCUUUCUUAUCUGCCUGCCUUUCUUAUCAUUCCAUCUGCCUUUCUUUCUUAUCUGCCUGCCUUUCUUAUCAUUCCAUCUGCCUUUCUUUCUUAUCUGCCUGUCUUUCUUAUCAUUCCAUCUGCCUGUCUUUCUUAUCAUUCCAUCUGCCUGUCUUUCUUAUCAUUCCAUCUGCCUGUCUUUCUUAUCAUUCCAUCUGCCUGUCUUUCUUAUUACUUCAUCUGCCUUUCUGUCUUAUCUGCCUGCCUUUCUUAUCAUUUCAUCUUCCUUUCUUUCUUAUCUGCCUGCCUGUCUUAUUAUUUCAUCUAAAUGCCUUUCUCUCUUAUUGCUUCAUCUAA